AUGACAGCGGACAACUCCACCGGCGACUCCCAUGCCCCCGGGCCGCGGCUGAGCGUGGCCGACAUCAUCGUCAUCACCGUGUAUUUUGCCCUGAACGUGGCCGUAGGCAUAUGGUCCUCGUGUCGGGCCAGCAGGAACACAGUGAGCGGCUACUUCCUGGCGGGCCGGGACAUGUCAUGGUGGCCGAUCGGAGCCUCGCUCUUCGCCAGCAGCGAGGGUGCGGGCCUCUUCAUCGGACUGGCAGGCUCGGGUGCGGCUGGAGGCCUGGCUGUGGCGGGCUUCGAGUGGAAUGCCACAUACGUGCUGCUGGCCCUGGCGUGGGUGUUCGUGCCUAUCUACAUCUCCUCGGAGAUCGUCACCAUGCCUGAAUACAUCCAGAAGCGCUUCGGAGGCCAGCGGAUACGCAUGUACCUGUCUGUUCUGUCCCUGCUGUUGUCUGUCUUCACCAAGAUAUCGAUCGACCUGUAUGCGGGGGCUCUCUUUGUGCACGUCUGCCUGGGCUGGAACUUCUACCUCUCCACCAUCCUCAUGCUCGUCAUCACCGCCCUGUACACCAUCGCAGGAGGCCUGGCUGCUGUGAUCUACACGGACGCCCUGCAAACGCUUAUCAUGGUGGUGGGGGCUGUCAUCCUGACUGUCAAAGCUUUCGACCAGAUUGGUGGGUACGAGCAGCUGGCGGCAGUCUAUUCCCAGGCCGUCCCAACCAGGAUCAUCGCCAACACCACCUGCCACCUGCCGCGCGCGGACGCCAUGCACAUGUUCCGAGACCCCUACUCAGGGGACCUCCCGUGGACCGGGAUGACCUUCGGUCUGACCAUCAUGGCCACCUGGUACUGGUGCACGGACCAGGUCAUCGUGCAGCGGUCACUGUCUGCCCGGGACCUGAACCACGCCAAGGCGGGCUCCAUCCUGGCCAGCUACCUCAAGAUGCUGCCCAUGGUGCUGAUGAUCAUGCCGGGCAUGAUCAGCCGUGCACUCUUCCCAGAUGACGUGGGCUGUGUGGUGCCGUCUGAGUGCCUGCGGGCCUGCGGGGCUGAGAUUGGCUGCUCCAACAUUGCCUACCCCAAGCUGGUCAUGGAACUGAUGCCCGUAGGUCUGCGGGGGCUGAUGGUCGCUGUGAUGAUGGCCGCGCUCAUGUCGUCGCUGACCUCCAUCUUCAACAGCAGCAGCACCCUCUUCACCAUGGACAUCUGGAGGCGGCUGCGGCCCCGGGCCAGCGAGCGGGAGCUGCUGCUGGUGGGACGGCUGGUCAUCGUGGUGCUCAUAGGCGUGAGCGUGGCCUGGAUCCCCGUCCUGCAGGGCUCCAACAGUGGGCAGCUCUUCAUCUACAUGCAGUCGGUGACCAGCUCCCUGGCCCCGCCGGUGACCGCAGUCUUUGUCCUGGGCAUCUUCUGGCGGCGUGCCAACGAGCAGGGGGCCUUCUGGGGCCUGAUGGCGGGGCUGGCGGUGGGCGCCACGAGGUUGGUCCUGGAAUUCCUGCACCCAGCCCCGCCCUGCGGCGACCCGGACAUGCGGCCCGCCGUCCUGGGCAGCAUCCACUACCUGCACUUUGCCGUCGCCCUCUUUGUGCUCAGCGGCGCUGUGGUGGUGGCCGGGAGCCUGCUGACGCCACCCCCCGCAGGUGUUCGGAUUGAGAACCUUACCUGGUGGACUCUGGCUCGGGCCUUGCCUCCAGGAGCCAAAACAGGUGACAGCCAAACAUCCCAGAAAUAUGCUUUCUGGGCCCGUGUCUGUGGCUUCAACGCCAUCCUCCUCAUGUGCGUCAACAUCUUCUUCUAUGCCUACUUCGCCUGAUGCUGCCCCCCUGGGCAGGAAGGCGGGACCCCUCAGAGCCCUGAGGUCCGCCCCCGUUUCCCUAACCAGG